UGAAGCGCUGCGCCUGUUUGUGUUUAUGUUUUCGCCCUCGCCCGGAUCGUCAAUACAAUCUGACUAAAACCAUGGCCGUGAGCGCCGUCCACCUGGAGUCAGACGCCUUCCUCGUGUGCAUGAAUCACGCGCUGAGCACAGAGAAAGAAGAGGUGAUGGGUUUGUGCAUCGGAGAGGUGGAAAUCAGCCGAAUCGUCCACAUCCACUCCGUCAUCAUCCUCCGCCGCUCGGACAAGAGGAAGGACCGGGUGGAGAUCUCCCCGGAGCAGCUGUCAGCGGCCUCCACGGAGGCGGAGAGGCUGGCCGACAUGACGGGCAGGCCUAUGCGGGUGGUCGGCUGGUACCACUCCCACCCGCACAUCACCGUGUGGCCCUCCCACGUCGACGUGCGGACCCAGGCCAUGUACCAGAUGCUGGAUCAGUGCUUCGUGGGCCUCAUCUUCUCCUGCUUCAUCGAGGAUAAGAACACCAAGACGGGCCGGGUGCUGUACACCUGCUUCCAGUCCGUGCAGGCGCAGAAGGGCUCCGAGUACGAGCGGGUGGAGAUCCCGAUCCACGUCGUGCCCCGCGAAGCCAUCGGCAAGGUGUGCCUGGAGUCGGCCGUAGAGCUGCCGCGGAUCCUGUGCCAGGAAGAGCAGGACACGUACCGCAAGAUCCACAGCCUGGCGCACCUGGACCCGGUCACCAAGAUCCACAACGGCUCUGUGUUCACCAAGAACCUGUGCAGCCAGAUGUCUGCGGUGAGCGGGCCGCUGCUGCAGUGGCUGGAGGACCGGCUGGAGCAGAACAAGCAGAGCAUCGUGGAGCUGCAGCAGGAGAAGGAGAGGCUGCUGCAGGAGCUGGCUGCUCUGUGAGCCGGCAGGACACGGAGGGUGGAGGAGGACAGUCCAGAGACCGCUAUCAGUUCUUUGUCUGUUGUUCGAGAGAGGGAAAUGACCCACUUGUUUACUUGUUUUACCUUCGUUACUACUUUCUCACCUUAAUGAACAUCGAUUCUUUUUUGGUACCUUACAAGAAGUCUUGACAUUACAGUCUAUGAAAUGCCAGAUCAUAGUUAAAAUUUUCCAUCAGAAACUCCCGGAGCCCAGAACAUGUCUUGUUUUGUGUGGUGAUGAGUCCAGAACUCAAAGAUGUUCAGUGUACAAAUGCUCUCAAACAGCUUUAGAUCCUCACACCUGAGAGGCUGCAACCAGAACACUAUUGGCAGUUUGGAAAAUAUUUUUCUCUUAUUAAUCCAUUAUCAAAAUUGUUGCAGAUUACUUUUUUAAUUGACGAUUCAUUGUUACAAUUUUGUUAUCCUUACAGCUGGUAACUAAUGUCGGGUCAGAUGUGUCCUUGCUGUAGUUGGCUUAGUAUUAUUUUUUGAUCAGAUAGUUCCUGAUUUAAAUAAUUACUUUGAAAACCUGUUUGUAUCUUACUGUGGUAAAGUUCUUGUAAAGCUCUUUUUGAGAUGAGACAAAGAGUUUUUGUUAAAAGAAAAAGAUUUGUCUAACUGAGGUAUCAAAAGGUAUUGGCAUUUAAUUAUAGAUUAAAUCUGCCAAUUUA